CUCGGGAACAUUGCGUUAAAAUUUUGUGAUGGUGACGGUGGAUAAUUUUGCGUACAAAUUAAAUACCCUUAUUUUGCUUAGAAAUCCUAGUGAAAAUGCUACGGAAUGGAGGCUGCUGGGCCAGGAACACGACGAUAGCUUAUUAUUCAGUUGGGUUCAAUCAAGUAAAACUCAAGUGGGAAUAUAUUCGGUUUCGAAGAAUACUUUGAAUGUUUUGUACACAUUUGAAAAGCAAGUCAAUUGUAUUCAGGCUUCCAUAAACGGAAAUAGGACCUAUUUAUCUUUGGUGAUAAAAGAGAUAACUACCGAUGAAAAUACCGAGCAAAAUUUUAUAUAUAAACCAUUUAUUUAUAAAAUAAAUAGCAAUGAAGAGUUGUACGAUUUGAAAUUAGAGAGGUCGAAGCAAGUUAUGGUGCAAUUUUUAUAUCACAAACAGUCGGUUUUGUCUGAGAAUCAACCUGUUAAAUUUCUCAUUUUAAUUCAUCAAGAAUGCAUUCUGCAGUAUCAAAUUAAAAACGACAGUAUUACAUUGAAUAACGACAGCUUUACCUACGAGUCCUUAGUAAGGACUUUUAUAUGGGCCCAGUGGGACCCCAUACACCAAACUUUGUAUUACAUACAUUUUAAAAAACCCAUUAGAGGGCUUGUGGAAGACGAGGAGAGAGCACCAGUUGACUUGGGAACCAAAGUAUCUCCUACAUUAUCAGGGCUUCAGUUUCAUGAUGAUCUACCACAUGAGAGUGUUCUGAAUAUCCCCCUAAAUUUACCCCAUCUUUCAUCAGUAUCAAACUCUCAUCGAAUCUAUGAAGAUGAUACGGUACCUCUACGCAUACACGACUGUUCCUUGGAACUUGUUGUGUUAACCAACUCCAGUGGGAUAGUUUGUAUCUGCCACAAUUAUCUCUACCAGCCUAUUCUGCCGCAAAAGGAACUCAAAGAGGAAGAUGAAGCUCCCGUCCAUAUGGCUUAUUCAGUAACAGUUUUACAUCAAAGUUGCGUGAUGCAUUGCGUUAUACCGGAAAUACCAUGGAAUAAAGCUAAAACCAUUAGGCCUCUAUUUAAACUGCAUGGUAAUCAUUUAUUGGUCUUUAUAGCUGGUAUGUGUACCCAGUUACUGGAUAUAGGGGUAAUGCAUGAACCAUGCUGCCAUAUUACUAUUAAACCGAUUAUUACGAAGGAUGAAAAUUAUGAUUUAAUGUUAACUCCUUUGGUAACUCUUGGUGACGAGUACGUAGUUAAUUUAGCUACCUUAGAUUUAUAUGAUAUUACUAUACCAACGAAGAUUUUCGUGGAUACAUUUAAAAGUGAUACACUUUUGGAAAAUAAACUCUCCAUCAUGCAUUAUCUUAUCCUCCAUAGAAGCGAUAUAGAAACCGCUGCCGACCUAAUAACCUGGCAAGUUAAAAAACCUUUCACUAUAGGCUUACCACAAAUACUGCGUGAGUUUUUGAUAGGAACUUCGUAUGCCUCAGUGUUAAGAAACCUACCUUCAGACGCAAACGAUUUAAUAAACCUUCUUCCAAUCACAAUCCAGAGAAUUGGAAACGACAUGGAAGUAAAGCUACAAGACAACCAUAUUGCUUGCUUAUCCCAGGAUAUGCUUUGGAAUGCUUCCAUGAUGCUGUUAUCCCCUCAGCAAAGAAUUGUCCCCUAUAGAAGCGACAUUUGGGUAAAAUUAUGGGAACAACUGGCCAAAAUAUCCAAAGGUAAAAUUAGAUUCAAGCACAGCCACGUUGUAGAUAAACUGAUAAUCUCCUUAGUUUGCUAUCAGCCUGAAGUAUUAUCUAGAUCUAGCACCCCCAUGUCGCCGGGUAGUGUAAGUUCGACGGGCCUGAAUGAAUUUUUGAGCAAUCAAUUCGGUAAAGGUAGAAAUCAAGCUGAUGCUUUGCCUUUUUACGAAGUAGACAAUUGUACAGCCAGUAAGCAGGAGCACAUUAUUUCAGUCAAUUUGCGCGAAUUGAGUAUGCAUUUAUUAAAACAAAGCGCCGAAAACAAAAUAACGAGGUUUCAAUGGCAGCUACAAACUCCGAUGCACGUACAUGCCGUAGCAACAAGAUAUGUUACAGCUCAACUGGAUCAAUCCAGAUAUUUAUGUCAAAUAUUGUGCAAAGCUGCCACCUAUGAACCAAGACACGAUCUGGAUAAAGGAUUCGUUUACAUAAAUGAUUUGUCAGAAGAAAGACGAUAUAUUUUGUUUACCAUCCUGGAGAGGUACUAUUUAGCCGUGGAGUCAAUAGCGUUUCCAUUACCCCAAGGGUUCACGUCAUUUUUCACAUUUUUGGGCUACAAAACAUUAUCCUUUGAUAUGUUUUUGCAGUACGUUACUAGGAAUGUAUUUGAGUUGCAAGUAGAUGUAAUGAAAAUUAUUAUGACAGAUUUGGACAACUCCAAGAUAAAUACAGAUAGGAGGUUUAAGUUACUAAGCCUUUUGCCUAGAUCUAGGGCCAAGAGGCUUUUAAAUCAAUGGAACCACCCGUUGAGUUUAAUGCUGAGGGCUAGAGAACACUCCUUGAAUAUUUUGUCUGGAGUAGCAGGACCUGCAGGAAGAGCGCAUGGCAACCAAAAGUCCAAAGGAUUUAGAGGUAUUUCAGCACCUUCCUUCAAUAACUCUUCCCCAUUGGAUACCUUUUUGGAUUUGCUUACGGCGAAAGCGAGCUUGACUGAUUUAGAUUUUAAUUUGAUUAUUGAAGCUACUGAAACUUUAGCUGAAGACGUUUUAUUGUGAAUUAGUUAUGUUUUCCAUUAUUAUGUUAGUUUUGCC